AUGGAUAUCAUGGGAUUGGUCGGUUGCAAUAUCAUGCAAUCGAUCGAACCAUCAGAGCAACACUGUUGGUUAGCUUGCUUCCAACGCAGAAGCCAGUGUCAAAAGAGCGGUUUUCCCCUCAUCAAUCAUGUCGGAUCUCGGUCUCUCGUCCUUGUCGAGGACGGCGGGGAAACGCUAGGCAGCGAACCGAUCGGCUUUUCAAGAAAACUGUGGUCGCUAUGUAUUUCCAUCAAAGAGCAACCCCUUGUCCUCAGAGGCAUAUUGGCCAGAAAUACCUUUCAAAAGAGCUUUUUUGACCAUGGUGGAGGCAUUAGAGAGUGCCGUAUGGAGAACAAGAUGCAGGUUUCCAUGGAGAGACAUGUUUCUUGCACCAACGCGUUGCAACUUCAUUGA